AUGUCGAUCGUAAAGAGACCCACCAUCAAGAAUCGCAGGAUAUCUUCCUCGCCCUCUCCACCGGGGAGCCCACACCCUGCUUAUGAUCCAAUCCGGAUGGAACCUGUGGCUCGUCUGGACACCAGCUCUGCAGUACCUCUCUCAAUCAAGCAAGUCGACCUUGAUGGCUACGACAUUGUCCCUCCAGUUAUAGCAUUCCACAAUACAUUCGACCUUCCAGCCUCAAGCUCAUAUAGCCAUCAAGAACUACAAGAUGACAUCGCCAAGGCCAUCUCGGCACAGAACGGAUUCCCUCAUCGUCGCGUAGAAGCAAAGCGAGACUUCUAUUUCAAGCUGUCGGCCCACUAUAGACGCCAUACAGACGAGAAGCGUCAGGACGUGCGUGUCACGGCGCAGAAUUGGGAUGAGCUGAGACUGCUGCUGCUGAGUGAUGAAGUGCACGUCGCGUGCUUCUCUGUCUUGUGGUGGAAGAAGACUACAGGACAGAGAAGAGCCGAUCGUGCAGAGGUGGGCAGCAGUCUGGCUUGUUGCGUUGUGCAGUGA